AUGGCCAAUUUAAGCCUUCGUCGUAAAACUGCAUCGUUUGAGAGCCUAGCACGCCGCGGAGAGGGUGCAUUCAGAAAUUGUCAAUUUUCGGUGGGACUCCGCGAUUAUGGCUCAUCGCGAAGGAGUCCCAGGUCCAAACCAGUUGGAAAUUGCAAUGGCUCCGCGUCGCGGAGGAUGCCAUUUUACCAAUUGUCAAAUUCCAGUGAGCCAGUGCGAUUAGUGGCGCGUCACGGAGGCCAGCAAAAUCAGAUAUUACAUACGAGAUUAUUGUACGAAGAUGCUCAAGAGGAUUAUUGCAAUGAAGAAUGUGAUAAGGGCAAGCAAGUAAUGUCUUUAUCAUGUGGACUAGAAAAUGAGUGUUCUGAAUCCAAGUUACAUGCUCCUGCAAAGGUUUUUCAGAGUUCUGUGCCACCAAAGAACCAUGGUAAGUUUCUUGGUAGCCAUUUUAUUAACUGGAAAAAAGAGGAACAGACCACGACAACAAGAUACCUACCUAUUUCAGAAGCUCUUGGUCUAUCAUCAAGCACCAAGUGCAUGAAAACUACUAGCUCCUCAAGAAUUGUGUCCACUAAUCAUCUAAAUGAAUCCAUGCUUGACACUGACAUGUUAACUCCAUUGAAGACAUUUGCAAAAAGGACUGAAUCAUCAAAAAAGGGUAAAUCAGUCAUAGAUGAUGAAGAUGCCAAAUAUUAUCACUCAAGAAACAAAGUUCGCAGAUGUUUUAAAAGCGAAAAGAAGCCAUCAUUUGCUGCAUUUAAAUGACUUUUGUCAUAUUAUUUCUGUACUUUAGCAUAUAAAUAGUAAUCUAGAUAAUAAUUAGAUAUUGUGG